UGCCAGACGAAUUCCAUGGAAAAAAUAAACAAUGUAACUGACUUUGUUUUCUGGGGUCUUUCUCAGAAUCCAGAGAUUGAAGAAGUUUGUUUUGUGGUGUUUUCUUUCUUCUACACUGUCAUUCUUCUGGGAAACCUCCUCAUCAUAUUGACAGUUUACGUGGGACAUCUUUUCAAGUCUCCUAUGUAUUUAUUUCUCAACUACUUGUCUUUUGUGGACAUAUGUUAUUCUUCAGUCACAGCUCCAAAGAUGAUUGUUGACCUAUUAGCCAAGAGCAAAAUUAUCUCCUAUAUGGGGUGCAUGUUGCAACUCUUUGGGGGAUAUUUCUUUGGUUGCACUGAGAUCUUCAUCCUUACUGUGAUGGCCUAUGAUCAUUAUGUGGCUAUCUGUAAACCUUUACACUAUAUGACCAUCAUGGACUGGGACAGAUGCAAUAAAAUGUUGCUGGGGUGCUGGAUAGGUGGGUUCACACACUCCAUUAUCCAAGUGGCUCUGGUAGUUCAACUACCAUUUUGUGGACCCAAUGAGAUUGAUCACUACUUUUGCAAUGUUCACCUUGUGCUGAAACUUGCCUGCACUGACACAUAUGUGGUUGGUGUUGUUGUGACAGCCAAUAGUGAUACCAUCACUCUGGGGAGCUCUGUCAUCUUGUUAAUCUCCUAUACUGUCAUCCUGGUGUCCCUGAGAAAGCAGUCAGCUGAAGGCAUGUGCAAAGCUCUCUCUACCUGUGGCUCCCACUUCGCCAUGGUCAUCAACUUUUUUGGUCCCUGUACUUUCAUGUAUAUGCACCCUGAUAAUACCUUUUCAGAGGAUAAGAUGGUGGCUGUGUUUUACACCAUUAUCACCCCCAUGUUAAAUCCCCUGAUUUAUACACUGAGAAAUGCAAAAGUAAAAAAUGCAAUGAAAAAACUGUGGAGCAGGAGGGUUUUAUGGGAGGCUAAUGCUAAACAGAAGUAGAAAUUUAAGGUGGAUGAUCUUAA